GCUCUGCUGCAUAUGUUGCGCUGUGAUCAUCUAUCAUCAGGAGGACUCCAUCAGAUAACAUUAGGCUGUUGGUGUUAGUAGGUAGUUAGCUCGAUUGCGUGCUUAUUUACAGUCAGCGUUCUAAGAUCUUUAUACAAAUGGACAACACCGGCAAAGAAAAGGAAGCCAUCCAGCUAAUGGCUGAAGCAGAUAAGAAAGUAAAGUCGUCAGGCUCGUUCUUAGGUGGAAUGUUUGGGGGUAACCACAAAGUAGAGGAGGCAUGUGACAUGUAUGCUCGUGCAGCCAAUAUGUUCAAGAUGGCCAAGAACUGGAAUGCUGCGGGUAGCGCCUUCUGCCAAGCCGCGCGUUUGCAUUUGCAGCUGCAGAGCAAGCACGAUGCUGCCACCAGCUUCGUGGACGCCGGGAACGCCUACAAGAAGGCCGACCCUCAAGAGGCUAUCAACUGUUUAAAUGCAGCCAUCGAUAUUUAUACAGACAUGGGAAGGUUCACAAUCGCCGCCAAGCACCACAUCACCAUCGCCGAAGUGUACGAGUCGGAGCUGGUCGACAUAGAAAAGGCGAUUGCGCACUAUGAGCAAGCUGCGGACUACUACAAAGGGGAGGAGUCUAACAGCUCUGCCAAUAAGUGCCUGCUGAAGGUGGCAUCAUACAGCGCACAGUUGGAGCAGUACCAGAAAGCCAUUGAAAUCUAUGAGCAGGUUGGCAGCAACACCAUGGAUAACCCAUUGCUAAAAUACAGCGCCAAGGAGUACCUCUUCAAAGCUUCACUCUGCCACUUCAUAGUGGAUGAACUGAACGCAAAGCUGGCUGUGGAGAAGUACGAGGAGAUGUUUCCUGCCUUCACUGACUCUAGAGAGUGCAAACUCCUGAAGAAACUUCUGGAAGCUCACGAGGAGCAGAACAGCGAAGCCUUCACUGAGGCUGUGAAGGAGUAUGACUCGAUCUCUCGACUGGACCAGUGGCUAACCACCAUGCUCCUGCGCAUCAAAAAGACCAUCCAGGGUGACGCUGGGGAUCUGAAGUGACUUGCUGCAAAAACUUGCUGUUUUCAUGCUGAAGUCCUGGUUCAGAUUUCUUUAUUUUCAGUAUGAAUAGCUGCAAUAUUAUACCCAUAUAUCAAUGUAAUACUGUUGGCUCUCGCCUUGAGUUUCUGAUUAUUUAAUCGAGUCGAGACCAUAUAUGGCACACUCUCCAUUUUUUCCCUCUCCGUUCCCUGUUCCCCAUAGGAUACUACUCUAUUUCAUGGUCUUUAUUAGGGCUUAUAAUAGGUUUCAAAUGCAGUUUUAGGAUAGGCAUUAUCAGGAGGUUUACAGUAAUACAGGCCAAGGAUAUUCCAGGAGAAUGACACAUGCUGAGGAUUUUCACUAAUAAAGCAAUGAUUGAUUAUUUUUGUUUUUAUAAGCUUCUAUGGCAGGUCUUGGGGAUUGUACAGUUGUAAUUAUUCAAUAGGCAGAGAGCACAUAUGCAGUAUUUUUUAUUUAGAAAUGUAUCCUCAAAACAAAGGUCAUCUUUCUGUUAUGAAGCAGCAACCAACUGAACAAAGACAGGUUGUUUUUGUUGGCUAAUUUCUGUUCUGUUUUUAUUUUUUCUGAAAUUUUUUUGUAGCUUCACAUGGCUAAAGAUGCUAUUCAGAACAAAAGAAAGUGUUUGUCUGGCCCAGCCUUUUCAAAAAUAUCACACAAUGUGGACUAAUGGUUUCCGAACUUAUCUAGUCAUAAAAAUAAGCCUUUUCCCAACGUUCCCAUCAAAAUGUCCUUUGAUUUAAAAAUAAGUGAAUAAGUAGAGGAAUGUCUUAAGCUGGAAAUGGUUGAAAAGUAAUUGUCUGUUCAGCAUACAAAGAAAUGAAAAGAAAAGCUAUUUUAUUGAUUAAGAUGUUCGCUCCCUAGAAGGAAUAUCAGUAAAUGUGUGCAAUAUAGAAGCAGGGGUACGGCAUAUGAUAUUAUUUGAGAUUGGACAUUUUAAUGUUCUGAUUGUUUAGCUGGAAGGAGCCUAUUUGUAACCAACACACAGUAGUAAGAGUGCAAAUAAAAUUUUCCAGGUGUGAAUAUGAAAGGAUUGUCUUCUUAAUUUAACAAAAAAAUAAUAAGCAGGUCUGCAAAACUGGUAUUCUGUGUGACUAGUGAAUAAUUUGCUGUUCUGUCAGGAAGCGGAAUUUUAUUUAUCCUUUAUACAUAUUGUGGCAAAUUAAAUCUCUUUUACAAAACAGACGUUUUCAAGAGGCAGCAAAUGUUACCAUUACAGACAAAAUAAUACAAAAAAACAGUGAAGUGUCACAGUAUAUAUUAAAAAAAACAAUUGUGAAAGAAAAGAAGCUAAUAAAAGAAUUUCCACUCCUCAGUUACCAUAUUGGAUAUUGGGUUGUUGUAAGCCAGGACUGAAUUUGAAGGUGGUGGUAUUUAAUAGGUCUGUUUCUGCCUUUUGUUCUCAGUUCUCUUACUUUUGGUACAAUCUUUCACUGAUCAUUGAGAAUGGUUUUUGUUUUGUUGCUUUGUGGAUUGUAUAUUACAGUUAACAAUUGCUAAUGCUAAGUGAUUGGGAAAAAAUGUUAUUGGAAUCCUUAAGUAUUUUUGCACAGUUACUAAUGGGAAAAAAAUAUUGUCUGUUCCCUUGAUGUUGUUACCGUGUUAAAAGCUUAACAGGUGCAUUUGUGUUUACCAUUUAAUGUGCUAAAUGUGUGUCAAGUGUGUUGUGAAUGUGUACCUAUUAUUGAAGCUGACCUUCUGUGUACACACCGGCAAGCAUGGUGUCGUUAUGUGUCUUGUACAACUUUGAGGUCUUACAAAAGUGUUCAAAGUCCCACUUAAGGGACUGUGAACCUGCAUAUCAGGAUUACUUCCAAUCACGGAAUCUCAGAAUUAAUCUGGUCUGUUCUGCAUUUGUUCUUGUACAGUGUUUUGUGCUGAAAUUUACUGAAAUAAAGGUUAUCUCAACCGUGA